UAGCAGGCUAGCUUGUGUUGAGAGGACGGUGGUGUUUUGUUGGGACGUUUGUGAGGUUUUUGGACAGAAAGGACGAUACGUGCAGAUGAUCGAUCGGAGCUGCAGUGAAGAGGACGGCGGAGUUUGUGGGAGUUGGAGCUAAAGAUCGGAGCAGGAACCAUGUCUUCCCUUCAGUCUCUGAGAGAGUUGAUCAGCGAGCGACUAGCUGCUGCUGCUGAAGAAAUCUGCAGACUCUGUGAAGGAACCAUCGUCCAGUACGAGCAGGAGCUCUGUCGUCAGCGCCGACUGCUGGAUGUCGCCUGGAAACCACAGCUGCAGGUCGCUAUAGACCUUCCCCAACAUUAUCUGAAUAAACUGGAGAGAAACUCCUGGAGUGUGGAGCAGGAAGAACCAGAACCAUCUCAAGUAAAAGAACAGGAAGAACCAGAACCAUCUCAAGUUAAACAACAGGAAGAACUAGAACCAUCUCAAUUUAAAGAACAGGAAGAACCAGAACCUCCACAGAUUAAAGAGGAACAAGAAGGGCUCUGCAUCAGUGAGAAUGAAGAUCAGCUUGAUCUGAAGCAGGAGACUGAUACCUUGAUGGAGAUUCCUACUCAUGAGGAAGAUGAGAACAGUGAAGCAGAUCUAAACAAUCAGCAGAACUUUAAUGUAUCUGAUAGUCAGGAUGAAAAAGGAAGUCAGCAUGAACAAUCAACAUCUACAAAAGAAGAAGAGACAGAUCCACAGAACAGAGAUCAGAGAAGGAGAAAAGACAAAAUUUAUGUCCAAAGUGUGGACAGCUCUCACAUGUUAGAAAGUCAUUUUGAUAUCAACUCAGAGAAGAAGAAAAAAAAACAUGUCUGUGGGAAAACAUCUAAGAAAGAAUUUCUAGGUUUGAGGUGUCACAUGAGGAUUUACACCGGAGAGAAGUCUUUUUCCUGUAAAGAAUGCCAUAAAAGUUUCAGCAAAAAUUCUAAUCUCGUACGUCACAUUUUAACUCACACGGGAGAAAAGCCCUUUUCCUGUAAAAACUGCAGCAGAACUUUUAGGCAUAGUUCUGUUCUCACACGUCACAUGUUAACCCACACAGGAGAAAAGCCUUUUUCCUGCAAAGAAUGCCACAGAAGUUUCAGUCGUAGUUAUAAUCUCACAUCUCACAUGCUAACUCACAUGGGGGGAAAGUCUUAUUCCUGUAAAGACCUGAGCAAAUCAUUCAAGCAAAUGUCUUAUCUCAAACGUCACAUGCUAACUCACACCGGAGAGAGGCCCUAUUCCUGUAAAGAAUGCCAUAAAAGUUUCAGGAAAAAUUUUAAUCUCGCUCAUCACAUGCUAACCCACACGGGAGAAAAGUCCUUUUCCUGUAAAAAAUGCCAUAAAAGUUUCAGGAAAAAUUCUAAUCUCGCUCGACACAUUUCAACUCACACAGGAGAAAAGCUCUUUUCCUGUAAAGAAUGCCAUAAAAGUUUCAGUCGUAGUUAUAGUCUCACAUCUCACAUGCUAACUCACACGGGAGAAAAGUUUUAUGCCUGUAAAGACUGCAGCAAAGAGUUCAAGCAAAUGUCUUAUCUCAAACGUCACAUGCUAACUCACACCGGAGAAAAGUCCUUUUCCUGCAAAGAAUGCCAUAAAGGUUUCAGCAAAAAUUCGAAUCUCGCUCGUCACAUAUUAACUCACACGGGAGAAAAGCCUUUUUUCUGUAAAGCCUGCAGCAGAACUUUUAGGCAUAGUUCUGUUCUCAGACGUCACAUGUUAACUCAUAAGAGAGAAAAGCCUUUUUCCUGUGCAGAAUGCAGCAAAAGUUUUAGUCGAAGUUAUGUACUCAAAAAUCACAUGCUAGCUCACACAAAGCAGAAAAUGGUUUCUUGUUCUAGUGCUUCAAAAAAUAGUCCUGCCCUGGAGUAUGAAUAACUGCAGGUAUCACUGUAAGUGAAAAGUCCUGCAAUGAGAAAUGAUUGUUGUUUCUUUCAAAUGUAAAUAAAAGUUAAUUUGUCCAAAAA